UAUGGGUAUGGCGCCUUUGUUGCCUCUCACACUGGAUGAAGCGUCCAAGGUCCUGGAAUGGCCGAUCGGCGUUUCUAUGGCGCUCUCGGAGCUUGCGCAGGGCCCGGCGAUCAGCCGCGUCUCGUCCGGAGAGGCCCUGCUGGAUUACAUCGUGGAGAUGCGUCACCGGGGCGGGAUGAGAGAUGCCAAGCUUCCGGCUAGGGCUGUGCAAGGAAUGGGCUUGUUCUUCCGCGAGCUCGUACCAGAAGAUUUCUGUCGCGGAUUCUUUGGCUCGUUGCUGCCAGCGAUGGCUCAGCUCGCCUUGAGGCUGUCGGCGCUUGUCAAGGAUCACAUUGAUGGCAGCGUGAGCGAUCGCUUUCCAUCACAACUGGAUUUUUUGCAGCUGCGUGCUCUUCCCGCCGGACAAAGUGGCAUGGUUUUGCUGAGCCAGGAGCUUGUGGCAUCGAUUCUAGCGUGCGGGUUUUUCUGCUUGUAUCCUUCGGCAGAGAGGAACAAAUUGGAUCUUCCCGACUUAAACUUCUAUAAACUCUUCAUGGCACUGGUUGAUGAGAAUCGAGAAGAGAGUGCCAAGCACAAGAUCAUAUGCUUGUUGCAUUACUUUCAGAUUGUUUGUGAAAGCGUACCGCAAGGAAUGAUUUCUUACGAGCGCAAGGUGUUGUCUUUGGAACAAGAGAUGGAGGAUCCUCUCUCUUUCUGGAGCAGUUCCUCGAGACCGCUGUGUCAAAUACUGGUAAUGGAAGAUGGCACUAUAGAAGGUAGUGAUACUCCCGUUUUGGAGGUGGAUUUCGCCAACAGGGUCUUAGGUGGUGGUGUACUCGGCGCCGGAUGCUUGCAGGAGGAGAUUAGAUGCGUAAUCAAUCCCGAACUGAUCGCUGGAAGGCUUUUCUUACCGGCAAUGCAAGACAAUGAAGCAAUAGAAAUAGUCGGGACGCAGUGCUACAAUCGAUAUGAGGGAUAUGCCUCGAGCUUUCGUUUUGCUGGAAAGUUCUUCGACAACAAAGCCAGAGAUGCAUGGGGUCGAAAGGAAACGCACAUUGUGGCCAUUGACGCUCUCCCGUUUCCGGGAGAAGCACAAUUCGACGCUGCGCUAAUGCUGCGGGAACUUAACAAGGCAUACUGUGGCUUUCUCGUCCAUCAGUCGAUUCAAUGCGGUGGCUCGAGUGAAAGCGCUCGUGGAGUAGCCACCGGCAACUGGGGAUGUGGGGUCUUUGGCGGGGACCAUGAAGUUAAGAGCAUGCUCCAGUGGCUGGCUGCCUCGGAGGUAAGCAUCUCUAUGUCGCAAAAAUUCAUGCUUUGGGACGAUGAGAAACCUUUGCAGGCUGGCCGCCCCUUCCUGUUGUACUACACAUUCAAAGAUCCACGUACCACGAAGCUCCAGAGAAUAGCCGACUGGAUUUUAGAACAAAAGUGGAGCGUGCUGGAACUCUGGAGCGUUUUGAUCGAGUAUGGAAAAGGAAGGAAGUAUACCAAGGUGGGAUUUUUUGACUGGCUUCUUCCAGAUUAAUCGCAAGUGAAGACGCUGAGCUCCUCGCAUUGAUUUUUCCGUGAAGAACUGGGAAGAACUCGAUGAUUCCGUGAAGAACUCGAUGAUUUGUCAAUACGGAAGAAGCUCAUGGUUAGAACAAAGAGUUUUUGGAAUUUUUCUAUAUCCGGAGUACGUGGAGCAAAGUGAGAUCCGUUCAUUAACACUGUCGUAAGAGAGCAUCCAUUGAAUAUGCUUUCUCUCGGGCCAGUAGUUUUUUUUUC